AUGAGCCUAUCCAAGGCUAUUGGAGUCCUUAGUGGCAUCAAUGAGUUUGGUAACUUGUUCCAGUUGGUCACAUCUGCUGUCUCAUAUAUGUGUUCCAAGUGGAAUGGAUCACAGGAGAAACAACAACUUAAACAAGAUGAUCUACUGCAGUUGCAAAGUGACCUUCAACGCCUUACUGAUACUCUACCGGCAAUGUACAACCUCAUUGAUCGAGCGGAGUGGAGGAUCCAUGUACCCUCUGUGGCACAGCUCCUUCCAAAACUCAAGGAUGCUGUAUAUGAUGCGGAGGACCUUCUGGAUGAGUUCAGAUGGUAUAAGCUCAAGCUGGAAACUGAGGGCAACAACGAUGCAUCCCAGAUGUUUCCUUUCAUUGACUUCUUUCACAGUGUCACCCAUGGAAGCUUCAACAAAGUGACUGAUAUACAGACCAGGUUAAGUCAUCUUUCUGCCCAGCUUGAGAAGAUGGGCAUGCAUGAGGCAACUCCACGGUUUGACAAAUCGGUCAGGCCACCGACCACAUCUUUCCGCACUGAGCCAAACAUACUUGGUCGAGACAAGGAACUGGAGGAGGUGAUGAGAUUGCUUGGUGUACCAGCACCAGACCAUGGUAGCAGUAGCAGGCGCAGGUCUACUUCCAAACGGAAGAGAACUGCUUCUAGUGCAGCCGAUAGUACUGAACCAAUAAGGAUACCAUAUGUUCCUGUUUUGCCAAUAGUUAGAAUCGGGGGUGUUGGAAAAACUACUUUAGCCCACGAGAUCACUACACUUCCAAGUGUUAAAUCCCACCUUGACAAUAUCAUUUGGAUUUGUGUCUCGGAUGACUUCGAUGAGGAGAGGUUUACUAAAGUUCUCAUAAAAUCUCUAUCUAGAAAAGAGGCAACAGCCGAUAAUUUAGACGAUCUUCAACAAGUGCUUGCUGAAGAAGCUGGGGAAAAAAGGUUCUUGCUCAUCCUUGAUGACAUUUGGCCUGCUGCCUUGAAUGAUGGGCAGCGUUGGAGGAAAUUUUGUGCACCUCUGACAAAAGUACUUAAGGGAAGUAUGUUGUUGGUGACCACUAGGUUUGCAGAGGUUGCUGAUAUAGUGGGCACAAUAGAGUCCUUUGUAUUGGAAGGCUUGAAAGAAGAUGUAUUUUGGGAUUUUUUCAAACUGUGUGUGUUUGGGUCUGAUGAUUCUGACAUUGAUCCACAGUUAGAGCAGAUUGACUACAAUUUUAAGAAGGCUAUUCUAGCUGAAAUUUGGGUGGCAGAAGAAUUUGUGGAUACUCAAGGUAGCAUUCCACUUCAACAUAUCGGUGAGCAGUACUUUGAAGACCUUGUAAAUUUGUCCUUCUUCCAUAAACUCCGUGGUAAAUAUGUAAUACAUGACUUGAUGCAUGACAUGGCACUUCUAGUGUCCAAGGACGAGUGCUUCAUUCUAAAGAAUACAAGUGGGAUCGAAAAAGUUCCUCCAAACGUUCGCCAUCUGUCGAUACUAUCAAGCAGUGGUGUUAAGUGUUCUGACUUAAUGAGUCUAGGCAAGCACACAAAGCUGCGCACCCUGCUUUGCAGCAAGUAUUUCAGGAGUCAGACUUCUUUUCUGAUGGAUCGCUGGUUUGAUGAACUUGGAAAUUGCCAUUUCAACGAAGUUCCUUCAUCAUUCUGGAGCCUCUGUAACUUGCAGAUUUUGUAUGCCAGGAGAUGCACAUUUGAAAGAUUGCACAUAGGUGCCAGUAAGCUGAUCAAUCUGCAAAAGUUUGAAUCACGUAUUCUUGAAAUGAAAGUUGAUGCUACGAAGUUGGUAGAGCAAAUUGGGUUCAUAAACAAUUUUCCAGAUAUAAAAGAUUUGGUUAUAUAUAAUCUAGGCGCGAUAAGCAAGAAUCAUGCAGCAAAGGUGGAACUUAGGAAGAGGAAAGAUCUUAAUAGUUUGACUCUGAGUUGGUUUUUGUUCAGAUCUCCAGAACACAAUGAAAUAGAAGUGCUUGAAGCCCUACGACCUCCAACCAGUGUGAAAUCUGUGCACAUCGAGGGUUAUCCAGGUGAAUAUCUUCCAAGCUGGUUUCCUGGUUCUGAUCGUGCCAUGCCAGUUUCUGGUACAAUUUUGUCAUCAUUAACAGAACUGAGGAUUGAAGGGUGUCAGAACCUAAGUGAUUGCAGAUUCGAACAAUUUCUACAACCAACUUAUGUACCUGCCAUCAGAAAAAUAGAGAUCGCGCAUUGCAGAAAUGUAAAAUCAGUACGAAUUGAACAAUUUCUACAACCAACUCCCCUUGAAGAACUGAAGGUGUACAAUUGUCCAAGCAUCACACAUCUGUUGGCGCGAAAACUCAAACUGAAAUAUUCUGGCAACCUCGGAGACAGCAUCGAUUGCAGUUCCCUCACCAUCUUGCAUCUAUCGUGUGACAAUGUGGCAUCCAUUGACCUACAAAAGUGGAGCCUUCCAGUGCUACAGGAGCUCAAGAUCAGUAACUGUCCAUGUCUGAUAUCUAUUAGAGACUCUGAACAAGUGCAGGCUCGUCCUCCUCAUCCCACUCGCAAGGCGUGCGGUGGCCCCCAGCCACAGAUCGAGACCGUCUCCCGUCGCUCCCCACCCCAUGCGUCGCCUCCCCGCCGCCCAGCCCCCAAAUCGACCACCGUGGGGCCGAGUCUCCAACUCCGCGCGCCCGUUGCUGCGCCCGCCGCCUCUCACGGUGCGGCCCCUGUUCCCAUCUCGGUCGCCGUGGGGCCGGAGCUCCGCCUCGACGAAACCAAUGCUACUAUCGCCGCCGCCACCGGAGGGUAUGACAAGACAGGAAGCAUGUCGGGCAAGCGCGUCAAGUUCACCUCCCCCCUCUGCAACCCCCCGGAAGCAAGCUCCACGCCCAAGAAGGCGCUCCUCCACCACUCGGCGACAACAACUUCCCACCUCUGGGUGCGGCGUGAUGGCUGGGCAGGGGACCCAUUGUUAGAUCCUCCUCUGGACACUGCUUGCCGUGGCCUUCUCCGUCGACAACAUGGACCAAGAGCUCGACCGUCUCUCCAUGCAUGGCAUAGUGGCCUGGCUGGGGGGGGGGGGAACCGGCCGGUGGUGGAGCCGGAGGUCAUCAAGAGGGCCAUCUGCCACCAGUUUUUGGUUCGUCCGGAGGAUGUCACCGUCGUCAGGCACGCCCCUGAAGACUUCUUCGUCGACUUCAAGCACCGGCACCACCGCGACGAGGUUGUGGCGCAGGGGACCUUCCCCUAUCGCAACCUCGACAUCCACACAAGGCCGUGGCAGCUGGUCACGCACAAUGACAUUUGCGACCUCAAGUACCGCGUCCGCCUGUGCCUGGAGGGCAUCCCCCUUCACGCUUGGAACGAGAGCAUCACCAAGAGGGCUGUCGCCAGAGCCUCUUGUGUCUGGAACGAGAGCAUCGCCCGACACCAGGGCACUCUGUGUCUGGGCCUGGACACACAAUCCGCCCGACAUUCCGAAGGUAACCUGGCUCACAUUGUCCUGCAGGAAGGCGAGUUCCUGACGCAUGACUGCUGGCAUGCCACGGGGGCUCACCUUGUGGUGCUGGUGCACCUUGAUGCAGUGGAGGACCCUCCGGUAUACACGUGGGACUACGGGGUCGUUGAUGGAGAAAGGACGCCGUGCGACCGCCACGACCCUCCACCUGUUGACACCCACGGCAUCCAUCGCGACGACGAUGACGACUGUCGUGGACGCUGGGAGUGCCAGGGCGACAACUGGUACUCGCGUCUCACCCGCAGCCUUUCGCGGGCGCCCAAGGACAGCGAAUGGGAGCGGUCGGAGUCGAGGCACGGUGGCCGUCGGCACCAGAGCCCCAAACACGGGGGUCGUCGUCGCCCUCUACACGACGUCCCUGCUGGCCUUGGCGCCCGCCAUUCUGCCCCAAGCGACGCUGCUGGCCAUGGCGCCCGCCAUUCUGCCCCAAGCGACGCUGCUGGCCAUGGCGCCCGCCAUUCUGCCCCAAGCGACACUGCUGGAUAUGGUGCAAACACAAGGGCUCGGCAGCUGCUUGCCAAGCCACGACCCCCGGUCGCCGGGGAUGUACAAUAUGAGAAACGGGGGAUCUGGCGAGGAACGACGCUUGACAGUAUCGCGCGGCGCUUUCGAGGCCGAGGGACCACAACGGCGCGCCAAGUCCCCGUCACCGCGCUGCAUACUGUUAAGUCGCUGACUUCAAUGGUGGCAACGGCAACAACCAUCACCCAUCACCAAGCCCUCCCAAGGUUCCCCCCGUCAGCGACCACGACAACGCGACACGGUAGCGAUCACACCCCGCUGUUGAACGUCGCUUCCGCAUGGGACGAGUCUACUCCAGGCGCCCAUGGUCUAGUGCACCAGCCUAGCCCGCCACAGCGACGCAAGAGGCCACCGGUCCCGGCACGCAGGAGCAUGCACAUUGCAGCCAAGAACUGGCCGAGGGGUGACACUCAGGCGAAGGCCAGGCAGGUACUUAUGAAAAGGCUUGGCAUCCUCGACGUCCAAGGUCUCAGCCAUGACGAGGCAUUGCUGCGCUACUUCAACCUGUUCAAGGGACCACUCACCGCCGACGCCGUCAAGGCGCUGACGGCAUUGUGUGGCCUCGACACGGCGGCACCGCUGCCCACCACGAACGCCUAG